AUGGGAGACCGUGGAGCACACAUGAACCGACAUCCCCGUAGAAACGCCGAUCGAGGCAACGAGGAUUAUCGGCGGGAUCCACGUGAUGUUGAAGAGAUCGCACGUCUGCAGCAAAGAGUCCGGGACCUUGAACUGCAGCGAGGGGUCCGUUCCGAUGAAGAAACCGAGACCGACUCCAUUAACUGGGAUGACGGAGUCGUUGAGAACAACCCGUUUGACUAUGAUGAUAGGUGGAAUCCUUUUGCAAGAAGAGAACCGAGAGCUGAUCCAUUCAGGAACUUGGGAGUCAAAAUUGAUGUACCAGAGUUCGAUGGAAGGGCUGAACCUGAUGUGUUUAUUGAUUGGCUUCAAACCGUCGAACGCAUCUUCGACUUACGCGACAUUCCUGAUAAAUACAAGGUAAAACUUGUAGCAAUUAAACUUCGAAAUUACGCGUCUUUGUGGUGGGAACAUGUUAAAAAAAAGAGGGCUCAAGAGGGACGUUCUAAAGUUAAAACAUGGGACAAGAUGAAGAAACUCCUUCGUGAGAAGUUUCUUCCACCUAAUUUUCGCCAGGAGGCAUUUUUAGAAUAUCAUAACAUCUCCAAACGGUCGACUACCGUUGAGGAAUUGAUCUGUGAGUUUGACAGAUUACGGAUGAGAUGUGCUGUUGAAGAGGAGGAGGAACAAAUUAUUGCUCGUUUCUCCGGGGCUUUACGACCUGAGAUCGCCGACGUUGUACAACUGCAGCCCUAUUGGUCUUUUACUGAUGUGUGCCAACUAGCUCUAAAGGUGGAGAAACAAUUGAAAGCUAAAGCCAAACCCACGUUACCCCGGUCGAGCCCAAUCAAAGCCGACAACCUUAAAGGGUUUCGGGGAUACCUACUGGAAGCAGAUUCAAUGCAAGCAAAAGCGAGGGAGCAACAUCUUCCAAGACACCCACCGUUACCGCUCCUCAUUACCCUCACGGAUGAAACCCUGCCUGUUUAUGAUACGGAAGAAGACCAACCUGAAGAGGUUGAAACUGAAGUGGUGUAUCCGGACAAGGGUGAAACUCUUAUAGCUCAACGGGUUCUCAGCACUAAUCCGAAUCAUGAAGUCAAAGAUAAUCUCUGGCUCCGCAACAACAUUUUUCGAACCCGCUGCAUGGUAAAAGGCAAGGUAUGUACCAUUAUAAUCGAUGGGGGCAGCUGCAAGAAUAUGGUGGCCACAGUUAUGGUUGAAAAGUUAGGCCUUAAAUUCGAAGACCACCCCGACCCUUACCAGCUAACGUGGCUAAAAAAAGGUAAUGUCGUGAAGGUUAAACACAGGUGCCUUGUUCAGUUUAGCAUCGGGACCCGUUAUUCGGAUGAUGUGUGGUGCGAAGUCGUUCCGAUGGAUGCAUGUCACUUCUUGUUGGGGCAACCGUGGCAGUAUGAUAGGCGCACCAAACACGACGGGUUCCUCAAUACUUACAGUUUUAAGAAAGAAGGGGUUAAUGUCCAACUUGUUCCACUGGAUAUACGUGACACCGGAACCGAAGCCCUGGUCCUUACCAAAUCAGCGUUCCUGGAUUUUACAUGA